AUGGACUAUGUCAGCGCCCUGGCCCCCGCCUCCCUGCUGCAGUCGGUGUCCAGCGCCGGCUCGGAGCUGACCCGUCGGGUCUGGGCCCCCCGUGCUCCCCCCCAGCGCCCCUUCCGCGUCUGCGACCACCGGCGCAGGGGCCGCAUGGGGCUGAUGGCCGGGACCCUGCAGGAGCUGCUGGCCAAGGCAAUGGAGGCGCUGCUGGUGGCGGGGCUGGCAAGGCUGGUGCUGGAGGAGGACGGGACGGCGGUGGAGAGCGAGGCCUUUUUCCAGACGCUGCCCCCCGACACGGCCCUGAUGCUGCUGGGCGCCGGGCAGAGCUGGAGCCCCCCGCGGGGAGGAGCUCAGGCCUAUGGGUGGAGCCGGGAGCGGCCGCGCCAGGGGCAGGACAUCGCCCGCAUCACCUUCGACGUCUACAAGCUGGGCCCCCGUGACCUCUUCGGGAGCCUCAACGUGAAGGCCACGUUCUACGGGCUCUACUCCAUGAGCUGCGACUUCAAGUGCCUGGGCCCCAAGAAGGUGCUGAGGGAGGUGCUGCGAGUGGUCUCGGCUGUGAUGCAGGGAAUGGGGCAGCUGCUGCUGGGAGCCUCCAGUUACAUCCGGCGCCUCCUGGAGGGAGUGGAGACCUGGCACCAGCCCGCCCGGCUCAGCCACUAUGAAGACUAA